CUAUCCAAAGCUACCUUACUUACAUUCUUUCAAUCUUCCAUGGAUAUUAUUAUCAAAGAUUGUUUCGUUUCUUCAUAAAAGAUUAAAGUUUGGAGAUUAUCAGAAAGUUCAUCUUCCUCGCAAUUUCUAAAUUAUAAUAUGAUGAUGAUUGGUGUUUACUCUAUUACUGAAUGAUUAAUUUUGAAAAAAGAAAACGAAAAAGUAGAGUGUGAGUGCCACAGCAAUAUGGAGAACGGAGGUACCGCCGCUGUUGCUGCUGAAUCUCAGAGCCCCAUUAAGAAGAUUAUCACUGUUGCCGCCAUAGCCUCCGGUGUUGAGUUUGGAUGGGCUCUGCAACUUUCUCUUUUGACCCCUUACGUACAGACCCUUGGGGUUCCCUACGCAUGGGCUUUUUUCAUCUGGCUCUGUGGGCCCUUCUCCGGCCUCGUCGUGCAACCCAUUGUAGGCUACUACAGUGACCGCUGCACCUCACGCUUCGGCCGCCGCCGUCCUUUCAUCAUUAUCGGCGCCGUGUCUUUCAUUUCCGCGGUGUUCCUCAUCGGCUUUGCCAUAGACAUUGGCCAUCUCGCGGGUGACUCGUUGGAAAAGUCCUUAAAGCCCAGAGCAGUGGCCAUUUUCGUGGUGGGCUUUUGGGUUCUAGAUGUCGCCAACAACAUGCUCCAAGGUCCAUGUCGGGCCCUCCUCGCUGACCUCUCCGCAAAUAACCACAAAAUGAUGCGGACGGCCAACGGGUGGUUCUCUUUCUUCAUGGCCGUCGGAAACGUUCGCGGCUACCUCGCCGGUUUCUACCCAAAAUUCUACAAAAUCUUCCCCUUCACCAAAACAAAAGCCUGCGACAUCAACUGCGCGAAUCUCAAAUCCUGCUUCCUAAUCAGCAUUAUCCUCAUGUUCAUCGUCACCGUAACCGCCGUCACCACCGUGAAGGAGAAGCCGUUAACGAAGGAAGCUCAAGACGAAGACUCCGAGAUGGCCUCGACUUCCUUCGUGACAUAUAGUAUCCCUUUUGCUUUGGCAUCAAUCUAUUGCUCGACAACUGGUGGAGGUCAAGGGCUCUCCCUGGGAGUGCUAAACUUGUCCAUUGUUAUUCCACAGAUGUUUGUUUCGGUAAUCGGUGGGCCGCUGGAUGACGCAUUUGGUGGUAGUAACUUGCCAGCCUUCGUGUUAGGUUCGAUUGCAGCUGCGUUGAGUGCAUUGAUGGCGAUUUUUUUGCUUCCAAAGCCUCCCAACCAAGCUUCUCUUGCUCCUGGAAUGGGUGGUGGGCACUGAGCCAAAGGCUUUCUUCUACUUUGCUUAACUACCUUGCUUUUGCCUUUUGUCUUUAACCAUCAUGGUCUUUAAUCUUCUUUUCCUCUUCUCUUUUACUUUGGCCUUCAUAAGGGUUGAAUACACUUCUAUGAAUUCU